AUGGCUUCAUAAUCAAAAAAAAAUAUCUCUGAAAAUAAAAGAGAUACUCUUUAAUUUUUCUCCAGACAAAGCCAAAGUGCAUAAAAAUUCAUAGAAAAUAAAGAAAAUGAAAAUCCUUAAUUUUUGAGCAUUGAUAAACAAAAUUAUAAUGGUAAAAUCAGAAAUAGCAUAUUGACAAUUGAAACUAUAAGUAAUAAGAAGAAGUGUGAAAUAUUGAAAUUAAUGAAGCCAGAUAGUGAUAACUAUGUGGAAUUUGUUGUUUAUGAUGAUGAAGAGGUAGGAAUAAGUAAGUAAUUUUCUGACAAACUUCAGGAAGCUUACGAUAGAGACGAUGAUGUUUAAACAACAGAUAGUGUUUAGAAGUAGUUGCAAGACAUUUGUUUAAAUGAUUUAGAAGAAGGUAUACAAUAAAAUUUGGGUGAUAAAAAUAAAAUGAUUAUAAAUUUAAAGAGAAUUCGAAAGCAUUACAAUUAACUUGGGCUUGAGAGUAAAAAAGAGAUUAAAAAUUGA